AUGGCGGACGACGGACACCGGAGCACGGGCGCGGGGAACGUGCUCGCACCGACAGAGGCAGAUGCCGGGACGACGUACGCGGAGGACCUUGAACGAUGGGCGCUCUACGACUGCAGCGGCCUGCGAGCGCCGCUGGCCGACGAAGACAUGCAGAGCUUGUUCCACCGAUGUCGCGUGGCGCGCAGCAAGCCGGUCACGGCGACGCGCACCGGGCCCGCCGUGUUCAUCCGAGCACUGGAGCGUCGUGAGGAGCAGUAUCGAACGCGCUCCAGUGUCGCGGGUACAAUCGCCCGCGACCUGACGAAGCUGCGUGGGGGCGUCUUCUAG